AUGUUUAAAUAUGUUGGGGCUAUUGCAAACAAAGAGGAGAACUUAUGGGUGAAAUGGGUCCAUAGUGUCUAUCUCAAACAGGAGGAUUGGUGGAGCUAUGAAGCUUCACCACAAGGGAGCUGGUACUGGAAACAAGUAGUGGCUGCCAAAAAUCAGAUCCAAAGCCUGAUGGACGCACAACAAUUCACACAAGGUAAAUAUCAAAUCUCUUUAGGCUAUCAAUUACUUUGUCCUUCAAAUAGUAGAGUUAAUUGGAGUAAUGAGGUUUGGGGGCGUUUCAAUACUCCAAAGCAUAGCUUUAUAAUGUGGAUUGCUAUCGAACAAAGACUGAGAACAAGAGAUAGAUUGCACAAGUUUGGGGUCAUUGAUGAUUCUUCUUGUCUUCUUUGCCACGGUCAAGAGGAAUCAAAUGCACAUCUAUUCUUUGGAUGUCCUUUUUCAAAGGCUUGUUUGGUUGAAAUCAAGAAUUGGAUGCUUUGGCAUACUACCACCGAUUCAGCAACCAAAUUGGUGAGAUGGAUUGCACCGUCCAAGGUUAGCAAAUUUAGGAAGAAAGUAAUGGCAGCGGCAUUGGCAAGUUUGAUAUACCAUGUGUGGAAAAGUAGAAAUAACAAGGUAUGGAAUGAUAAAUGUGAUGAUGUAGAGAAUGUUGUAAAUAGAGUUAAGGAAACUACAAAAGUUAGAAUAAUUGUUGUAUGGCCAAAAAAAGUUAGUAAAAUUGAUACAACAUGGUUUCAUACAUUGUAA